UUUCUAUAUCAUCAUCGCUGCAAUGAUUCCUGGAAAGGAGACCGAUAAAAUGGCGGAUUUGGGCAAGAAGCCGUCGUGGGGCCGAACUCUGGCGAUCCAGGCGGCGCUCUGCCUCGCCCUCUACGCAGCCUUCAACAUUGGACGGCCCCAGGCACCCAGAGAUGCUCGCCUCCAAUCCAUGCUCCGUCGGAAGUCGCUGGAUCUCUACUUCCUUAGCGUCAGGGGAGGCCUCCGGAGUCCCAGAGAACAAGCUCAGCUCCUCCAUAAGAUGGAGAGGGCAGCAAAAAUCUACAAAGCAAAGUUCGUGGUGAAUAUUGGGGAACUUGGGGAGGAUGAUCCACUUUUGCGGAAUGCCACUUUGCAUUUUCCAUUGUUGGAGAUUCCCUGGUAUACGACCCCAGUUUCACAAGGACAGGUGAAUGGGAACUUCUUGAGGAAAAUCAGAAUACCUCAUGGGCAAAUCUUAGACAUAAUUGCUGUAGAUACAGGGCCAUUGAAGAACCUUUCGCCUGUGGAACAAGUUAGCAAGAUUGGAAGCAACCAGUUGCAUUGGAUAAAGGGGACUUUAGCAGCAACCAAUAGCAACUGGCGCAUAGUCAUUGGAUUCGAUCCAUUGAUUGUUUGUGGAGAAAAGCUAGUAAAAUUUUAUGAGCCUCUACACCAUAUCUUUCUAGAAUUUGGAGUGAAUGCUUACCUGAGCAAGCAGGGCUGUGCUGGCUCUUAUUAUCAUGAUGAAGGCAUUGGGUAUAUCGGAAAUGCAGGUCCUGCAGACGAAGCACAUGGUGCUUUCUCAGCAAAUGGAAAUUCUAAAAUUUUUAGUGAAAUGCACAAGGGAUUCCUUCUCCACAGAGUCAAUCCACUAGAAAUUGAGUCCUUCUUCAUCGACUCUACAGGGAAAGUAGUUUUUAAAUCUACAAUUCGUCAACAUGGAAGAGAAGCCAUCUGAACCGAAUCAUUAGAAAUUGAAGGCUACUUGCCUUUUCCCUAUUUCCAUCUCUUUCUUAAUUUUUUGUGAAAUUGUUUGAUAAUUCCCCUUGCUGUGCAUGCAUUUAGUCAUUUGUAGUAAAUCAUGUGUAGAUGAUGUAUUACAAAUUUAUUUAUCUGCAACGAAAUUGUGAUUAAAUUAA